UCGCUUUCACUUCCAAUGUAUUUAACUUCAGUUCCUACUCCGGUUGAAGGUUGAGGGUCUAUUUGCUUCUUUAUACAUAUAUAUAUUUUUUGUUGAGUACUGUAUAUUUAUUCAAAACACUUCGAGUAACCCUAUUUUUGUAGAAGCUUGCGCGGCAUCAGAAUAAAAUAAAAACGCUAUUUUUUUAUUCACAUGGUGGAAACGUCGAGGCACUCCUCACAUGCGUCUCCCCCUUUUUUUAAUGCGGUAAGACCCCGUUUUUUUUUUGACCGGAGGAUGGAAGCCAAGAUGCGCAUGAAAGAGUGGCUGGUAGCGCAGAUAGAGAGCGGCAAAUAUGACGGUCUGUGCUGGGAAGACGAGCGCAAAAGUAUGUUCCGGAUCCCGUGGAAGCACGCAGCCAAGAAGGACUACAAGCAGACGGAGGACGCGGCUCUGUUUAAGGCGUGGGCCGUGUACAAGGGCAAGUACAGGGAGGGGAGGGACGCCCCCGACCCGACCAUGUGGAAGACCCGUCUCCGCUGUGCACUCAACAAGAGCACGGACUUCCGGGAGGUCCCUGAACGCAACCAGCUGGACAUCACCGAGCCUUAUAAAGUCUACCUGAUCCAGCAGGACCACGGCUCGGCAACACCAGCAGAGUCUCCUGAGCGCAAAGAUCAGGCGAUCCACGCUCAAAGUUCUCAGAGGAGCCCGGCUGCUGUGGACCAACAGGAAUCAAUUCCUUUGAAGAGUGAAGAAGUAGAACCAUUGCCGGAUGAUCUGAUGAGGGAGCACAUGUACUGUGAGCUCACAGCAAGAAGAACUCUAAACCGGAGCCCCGCUAGAACAACCUUGCUCAGCCCCGCCCUCGCCAUAUCAGACCUCCGCAUGCAGGUGCGGUUGUUGUACCAGGGACGGCGGGUGAUGAAGGUGACCACCAGCAGCCCGGACGGCUGCUUCAUCCUGCAGGGCGGCGUCCCCGUGGGGAACGAGCGGAUCUACGGGCCCUGCGACGCCCAGCAGCUCUGCUUCCCCUCGCCGGGCGCCGCUGCCCUGCCCUCGUGGAUGGCCGAGGCCAUGGACCGUCUCCUGUGUCACCUGGAGAGGGGCGUGCUGCUGUGGGUGGCGCCGGACGGGGUGUUCAUCAAGCGCUUCUGCCAAGGCAGGGUGUACUGGAGCGGCCCCGCGGCCCGACACGCCGACCGGCCCAACAAGCUGGAGCGGGAGAAGACCUGCAAACUGCUCGACGUGCCCGCCUUCCUGGACGAGGUGCGGAGGUGUUUUCAGGGGAGGGGACCCACGCCUUCUUAUGAGAUCGAGCUCUGCUUCGGAGAGGAGUACCCAGACCCCAACGUGCCUAAAAGCAGGAAGCUGAUCAUGGCCCAGGUGGUGCCCUUGUUUGCAGUGGAGCUGCUGCAGAGGUUCAACCAGUGAGAGGAGGAGGAGGAGGAGGACGACGACGACGAUUCUCACCCCCAAAGCAGAGGGGUAGAAGAUGUAGCAGAGGGGCAGCUUCCCUGCACCUGGGCCGCCGCGGACAAUAUACAAGAGGAUUUACUGGAGUUAAUUCCUCCUCCAUGAGAUACUAGAGCCGAGCAAACAAUACGGAGUACCACUAGCAGAAAUGCAUGCACGAUGAAGAAACAAUGCUAGUGUUGGCCUUUUUGCGAAUAUAUAAAGGGAUUUCUUUUGUACAUUAAAUCGCUUUUUCAUUGCUGGAUUGGAUCAAUUUCAGCACAAUUAUUUUUUAACCCAAUAAAACAAAAAAAUCUGAUCGAACCACUUCAUGCUUGGUGGCUUUAUCGGAGUUGUUCCAUUUGGGACACGUUCAAUUUUAAUACACUCCUCAUGAAUGGGAUACUUCUGUAUACUACAAAACACUGGAAAUCUUGUGUCCAAUCACUCCUUUUACUUUCAUUCAAUUCAAAUAUAUAUCUUUUAGUGUAAAUUCAAGACCUGCUUAACUGACAUCUUUUCAUUCUCGGCACUCUUUUUGGGCUCCAUCUGCCAGUUUAUUUAUUUUAUCCUUGUGUUUUUUUGUUUGGCAUUUAACACCAACUAACAACUCUAACGCAAUAACUGCACCAACCAAAACCAUCUGCAAUUAUGGCGGGUUUUUCCAGGGCGGAUGGAGGGAUUUGAACAACAACCUCUAAUCCAAUAAUAGAAAUCUAUUAACACCAUUCAGUGAAAGUGUCAGAUGCUGUUAAGUGAGUAUUGAAAGCUGCUUCAUUGGCACAAUGUGGCUAUCAU